UAAGGUCUGGCCCCGCCGUCACCAAACUUUCCUCUCCCUCAACCUCAGUACUCAACUCAAGUCCUUAAGGUUUCCUUAACUGAGGUUUUCCUCAAAUCACCGUCACCAAUUGCGCUGAGGAUCACCUCAGUUAAGGUGUAUUUUUUUCCCUCAACUCAGUUGAGUUGUUACAUUAAUAAUAUCGCGCAUUUUCGCGGAAUUUUUACGUAAUGUUUGUACGCAAUAAAAUAUCUGUCGUCUGUUUGUUAUUUCUUUGUAAAAUGGCUGAAAAAGAUAUACUUGGGUUAAUAACAGCGGGGAAAAGGAAACGGGGGGCUAAUUGGACAAGUGAAGAGGAGAUAAUUCUAAUAGAAGAGGUAAUGAAAUUUGAAGAUCGGUUGUUUGGGAAAAUGAAAGGGGCGGGGAUCAAGGGAAAGCACGGGAAAAUAAAAGAAGAGACCUGGAAUUCCAUAGCAGACACUUUGAACUUACAAUUUAAAAAUGACAGAACAUCUGAUUCCAUCUAUAAAAAGUAUGACAACAUCAAACAAAGAGCGAAAGAGAAAAUUGAUGGCAUACGCCGACCAAAGACAGGGGGAGGUCCACCAACGGCGCCCCUUACGCAAGCGGAGGAAGCCUUGUACCAAGCAAUGGACACACGACCCAAUAUUGUUGGAUUGGUCGGGGGCAUUGAUUCCGAUGAACCAACGUCAUCUGUCCAAUCGCUGGCUGGUAAUGAGACCACGUGCACUGGUGAUGCUUCAGCUUCUUCUGAAUCUUCAGCUAGCAAGACAUUUGGAUUAUCUUCAAACAGGAAGAUGGAUGAACGGCCUAAAGAAAAGAAGAGGAAGAUGGCAACACGUGAAGUCAUAGAAGAAUUGGAAAUAAAAAACCUAAAACUUGAAAACGAAAAGCUCAGCCAAGAAAUAAGUAAACUUCAACAAGAGCAGAAAAAAUUAGAAAGGGAGGAAAAGAAAUUUCAAAUUGAGGCCGAAUUAUUAGAAAUUAAGAAGUCUUAUCUGUUGUGUAAAUUAAGUUCUGAAUUUCCGGAAUUCAUUUUAGACCCUUUAUGUAAAUGAC